AUGUCCCGACACCGGCGUCCUCCGCCUGGCUCCCUCUCCCAGAGUCGCCCAAGCCCAGCGCGAGACCGACGGCCGCCGCCCCCAGCCCCGAGGCGAACGCGGGCACAGGCUGAGCUGAGGGAGCCGCGGGCGUUCCCCCUCCCCCCCAAACUCCUCUCCCGGCCCAGCCCCCUCCCCACUCGGGGAGCCUCCAACGGUCCUUCCAGCCUGAUGCGCCCGGGGGUCGGCGGUGGGCGGUCAGAUCCGGCCGCCGCCGCCGCCCGGUUACCGGCUGCCAACGGGACCCUGACCCUGGUCCUCAGUGAGAUGAGGCUGCCACGGUCCCGGCCACAACGUCUGCCCCCUCCCUUCUGGGCCGCGUCACCGCCCCCUGCCCGCAGAGCCAGCCCCCGCCGGGAGCGCGUCCCCUUCUCCGUCCCGAGAGUCAGCGGCGUGACGGCCGAGCACUCACUGCCCGGGAGCACCUCACACGGGCGGGACGAGGAAAAGACCCCCGCGGCCCCGACAGCGACCGCACAAGCCCCGCCCCCGCCCCUGGCCCUCGCCUCCGGCCCCCGGCCUCGCCCCCCUGCCCUCGCCUCGGGCCCCCGGCCUGCCUGGGCCGCAGGAAGGAGUCCGGGGCGCCCGACGGUCCCUUGGCCGCAGCCCGGCCGGCUCCCGUGGCGCUCUCCCGCCCGCCGCCGUCGGCCGCCCUCGAAGGGGGAGAAAGGAGCCGCCGGCCGGGAGCCGCGGGGGCCCGGGAAGCAGAAGGCCCCGGGGCUAGGGGGCGCCCCCGUGAGCCAGCUGGCACUGAACGCCCCAACCCUAAAUGCGCUGGGAGUGGCCGGGCCCAGCCUCGGGGGGAAGGGGGCGGGGGCUCGGCGAGCGUCCGGCCUGGGGCUCCGGCCCACAGAGCAAGCGGGGGCCGACAAACCCAGCGGGAGCCGCUCGCUUCUUUCUCCUCCGCCGUCCACGGAGAGAGCGGCCGCGGGCCCGGCCCCCGGAGACCCGGGCUCAGCGUCAGAACUGGAACUUGCGCCUCUCCUCACCGCGGCCCCCCCACAAGCCAGAUGUAGCCGCAGCCGAACCCCGAGAGCUGAGAGCAAGAGCGACCCCCAAGCCCCCAAGCCCGAGGGGGGGACUAGGGCUCCCCCAUCUGGGUGGGAGGCAGCCUGGGCCAGGAUCCGGAGCCGGGUCUCGCCGUCCCCCAGGCUCCGACGAGGGUCCUUCCCGCCGGCGGCUUUCUGGCGUCCAGACUCGCCCUCCUCCCUCGCGCCCGGCGGUCCCGAACCCGGGGGAGGGUCCUGGAGACGGACGCCAGCACAGACCCUCGCCCUGGGUUACGCCGGGCGGCCCCCUCCCCCACCGCCAGCCCGCGGCCCAGGACGGAAGCCGGCCAAGAGCAAAUUGCUUCCAGCGCGGCAGCUGCCUCCAAUAAUCCUCUCGGGGAGGGGGCUCGGACCCCCCAGAGCCGGCCUCCGAGGGGCAGCUGCCCGGGGGCCUUCGCGAGGGAUCAGGCCGGGCGGGGCGGGAGCGUGGGGGGGGGGGCGGGGGGAUGGGCCUGGAGCCCCCUCCCCCCGGGUGGGCCGACACCAGCCCGGGCCUUAG